AUGGUCUCUAAUAGAUACAAGUUUUCUCCACUUAAGCAACUUGCAACCUUCACUUGCAGUGAUGUCAAGACAGAAUAUAACAAAACGGCAGCAAUUUCAUGCAUUGGCAGCAAGAAGAUUACAAACGUGGUAGUUAAGCGCUGUGAAAACUGUAAUAAACAGAACUCGUGCUUAGAAACUUUUAUUAACACAUGGACAGGAAAGGAUUCCAGUGAAAAGGGAAGAAUUCAGUUGGUGCUACAACACAACGUUUCUGAAUUGCACAUACAGGAAGUAAAAGCAACUGAUCAAGGAGGUUAUAAAUGGUAUAUUUAUUCUGAUGCUGGGGAAGACGAUGGAUGUAUAACCCUUGAGAUUACAGCUCCAGAAAUUGAGCCUAUCCUAACUAGAAACGGAAGAAAGCUCUCCUGUCUGUCAUCUAUAGGGCAUCGACAAAGGCAGAUCCAUUGGUUCGAUGGUCACGGGAAUAACCUGACGGGCAGUGCAAGCCUGGUAUCUGAGGAAGCAGAAGGUGGUUUAACCAGCCUUACCAGCACUCUCCAUGAGAAACCCACCUUAACUGCCUCCGAGUAUUGCUGCACUGUGCUGUAUGAUGUGCACACCAAGAGAAGCAAAACCAAGUGCAUUCGUGCCCACAAAGCAGUCACUGAUUACCCUCAUUUUACUUCAACCCCAGAUCCAGAAAUUCCGAAGACCAAGAAAGAUCACUUUCCCAUCAUUCUAGUGUUCGUUGUUCUGGUUCUCUGCUGGUUUGCAGCUGUUUUAUACUAGAAGCACCGCCAGCGAG